ACACCAGAAUACGCAACUAUAUCAAUUUUUAUAAAAUGUGCUGGGCUUGCUGGGCUUGGUGUAUUCUAGAAUACACCAAGCCCAGCACAUUUUAUAAAAAUUGAUAUAGUUGCGUAUUCUGGUUUAUUCUCGUGUAUUGUCAGUGAGAAUACACCAAGCCCAGCAAACCCAGCAAAUUUUAUAAAAAUUGAUAUAGUUGCGUAUUCUGGUGUAUUCUCACUGAGAAUACACCAAGCCCAGCAAGCCCAGCAAGUUUGAAAAAACGGUCUCUUUUUGAGAAUACACUGCGUAGUGAUAUUCUGACACCCCUCUCAUAAACAGAUGGCAAGGCGUGGUAACUAUACAUCAAAUGAAAAUAAGCGUCAACUUUUGCAUAACGGCCAUAAUCUAAGGAUAAAAUAAGUUUUGAACCUGAAAAAACAGAGAAUUGAUCCCGGUUGCUUUAAUUAACAAAAAAAAAAGAUGGAAAUGAGCCCAGUUCAAAAAAGAAAAAAUUUAUCUCCGCAAAAGAGAGAAAUGAGGCCGGUAAUUUAGAUUUGUUAAAUAUAUAAAAAAAUGAUCAGUUUAAGAGCAUUCUUUUAAAAUGAAUCUUAGAAGCGUGUAUAUAUAAUCGUAAUUUAAAUUAAACAUCACUAUGUAGUACGUAUAUAACAUUAUCAAUUGAACAGCAUUCUUUUAAAAUCAAUCUUAGAAGCGCACAUAUAUACACACCUUAUAUGCACAUCGCAUAUAUAUAUAAAUUGGGAAUAAAAAAUGGAAAGAUAUCCGGAAUUAGUUUAUAUUCUUUUCUACAAGCUAUGUCUCGAAGACUAUGGCAUGAAUUUUCUACACGUACUACUGAAAACGAUCUAAAAGUGUUUGUCCACUCGUCAACUACUAUCAACUACCAAAUAUUCUUCAGCGUUGGCUAUUGAUUGUACGUACAAAGUCACGUGGAAUAAUGUACCGAUACUCAUAUUUGGCACAUCAGAUUAUAAACGUCAUUUUCAUCCAGUUGGCUUAUGCUUGGUAUCAUCUGAUGAAGCUUCUUCAACAUAUGAAACAUUGUUUCAAGGUGUUCCUACAUGGGCGUCUAAUAUUAAUCAACAAACAUAUUUGAUAUCACAUGUGAUGGGUGAUGGAGCUGCAGGUAUUACAAGUGCAAUGUCAGUCAUACCACAAAGUCGUAGAUUAAUGUGUUGGGCACAUACUCUUAGAAAAUGUCGUGAACAUAGAAAAUUGAUACCAAAUGAACAAAAAUGGUUAAAUGUUGAAAAAGAUAUUGUUAAUUUACAAUUAUGUUUUCAAGAUAAUUUGUUUAAUCAAGCAGCUACUUUGUUAUUACGUAAAUGGAGUUUAGACAAUCAACUAGAUAGAUUCCGUACAUAUUUUGAAGGACAAUGGAUAAAUGAUUUAUCAUUUUGGUAUGAAGGAGCGGUUUGUUUAGCACCAUCAACAAAUAAUGGUCUCGAUCAUUAA